UGUGUGUGUGCGUGUGUGUGUGUGUGUGUGUGUGUGUGCCAGCUGACAAAGAUUUCUUUCGAUGGAGGGACACCGUGACACAGAAGAAAAGAAACCAGAGAAAACAGGAGAGUAGGGAAAGAGGAGGAGAGGCAUCGGACAGAAUAAAUGCAGGUGUAACGGAAAGACCCACCCCCCAUCAGUGAGGUCCGCACCUCCACCACACCACCAUGGAUGAAAAUAAUACCUAUUUUACACCCUCCAGAUCUUCAGCUGCUCAGCAGAAUGAGGCAGUAGCCAAACAGCCUCCAUGUCCUCACCAGAAUGAUUUUGUAGAACAACAAUCAGAACGCCAGAGUCCCAGUAAAAGCAAGACCUCAACAUCCACUUCACCCUGCAGAACCCUCAAGACUCCUUCAGCAGGUUCUAGAUCUGAAGGAGAUUCUGGUCCCAGCAAACCUUGGGCUCAGAACCUCAGCUCAGCCUUAGCUUUCAGAACCAGAAUCACAGCCUUCAAGAGCAAGGUCAGUAGCAGAAACCAGGAGGAACCAGAGGCGCUGGUGGACCUGAUUCUUGAGUCUCAGAGUCAGAGGCUGGAAAACCAGAGAGCAAACUUCAGCCUGCUGCCUGAUCCAGGACCAGCUGCCAUCUGUGGAGCCUGCAGUUCUGAUCAGACUUCUGUUCCGGGUCUGGACUUUUACUACAUGCUCAUACAGUUUCAGUCUGACAGGAUGGAGGACCAGAGAUGCUCCCUUCCACACCUGGAUGAUGUCAUCGGUCUGGCUGCUGAGGGACAGGAGGAUUUCUUCAGUUUGAUCCAGAGAGUCCAGUCCAGAAGGAUGGAUGAGCAGCGAGCCUCAAUGGUGCUGGACACCAAGGGAGAAGGAGAGCCGGCUGUCUCUGCCCACCAAGUUCACAUCACCAUCGCUGAUGAAGACGAGUCAGCUCGUUAGGAUCACCUGUGAAUCCAAAUGAAUGGAUCCUCUCUGUCUCUCGCUGAUGUCACUCAUGAGAUGCAGUUUACUCAACUGCACAAUAAUCCAAGUCAGGACUGAAAAUGGCGUGAGUCUUUGUGUUCCUGUUACAACCUGGAUGUCCUGAUACACAUGAGCUGCAUCAGUAGAUGGUCAGUUGUAGGCUGACAAAUAUGCAAACAGCAACUCCCAGAAUGCACUUCAGCUUCUAACUGGCUGGCAGCUUUAGCUAAAAGAAAUUCCCAUGUGGAUUUUGAAUUGGGCUGCGUUUGAAAUGUCCACUCAUUCACAAAGUCAGUUCUCCUCACCCAAGUUGGUAGACACCUUGGACAGUUCUCCAGUUUAUCUCAGAGACACACAGAGACAAAGUCACCCCAUCUGUCCUCUAAAUAUGUCCACUAAUGUACCCUUCUCAUGUGUCCACCACAUAGAGCUCAUCGUAGGGGACGGUCCUGCGUUCAGCACAAGUAUCCCAUGAGUAAACAGGACAAUGAAUAGUAAUAACCAUCAAUUGUCACCCUCCAAGACAUUUAUUCACACAACUUAGCAAUGAGUCUGAUAGUAUUUAUAAUCAGUCCAGAACCAACAGUUAAAUACGUUUAGAGAAGAGGCUGAUUCUGAGCUAUGAUUUGUAGAAGUCAUUCCCAUCAGGUUGGACAACAUCAACAUUUGAACUGUGUCAGACUUAGUGACAUUUGAAUUGUUUUUAACUUUUAUUCUGAACAAUUGUUUAAACAUGUUUCACUAAUGUUUUUCCACUCAGAAGAGGAGAUGAAACACGUCCCAGCUGGGAUGUCAACAACAAGAUGAAAACUCAGAAAACUGGUAUGCUCUGUUGACUCAUGCUGCAAUGCAUCAUGGUCAGUUUCUACCAGAGGAAAAUUUACCCCAACCCCAAAUAGGAAGUGAGUGGAUGUUUGCAACACCGCCUAAGUUUCAUACUAAUGUAGCUAAAACCACCCAACUCUGGUGUCUGGCUGAAAGACAGCAUGGGUCAUGUAGUUCAUGAAACAACCGUAGAAUGUGGACUUUUGACCAAGUUUAAAGGUGCGGAACACUAAAAAAACAUUUCUUUUAUGAUUAUUUCUGAUCAUAGUCAGUCAAGCUGAGUUUUUCAUGCAGUCUGAAGAUAGUCUCCUACACAUAUCUCCUGUGGUAGCUUCUGAUAGAAAACGAACGAUGAAACAUUCAGAUUUGAAAAUCCUGACAAAUCUAUGUCACACUGUCACUUAACAAUCAUGGACUCAACCAUCUUGACUCCCAAUGGGGAGCUGGGGAGGUUGGUUUAGCAUCCAGGAAACAGCAGAGAACAUCUGGACUAGCAGAAUCUAACCGUUAGCAUUAGCAACUCCACCACAUGGCAGAAGCUGCUCCAGGCUUGUGUCGUUUGUGGAGAUAAAACAUCAAUGUUGCAGAGCAAAUGGAGUAAAGUCCCGCUGCUGUGAUCCAAUCAGAGGCGAAAGGUCCAGUUAUCAGGAAAUAAGACUCUAAAUCCCGUCGUGUUCAGCCUCUCUCCUCCAGCUGACUCCUCCAUGAUGAUACAGGUGCUUCUGGGCUGUUUUGCCCUCGAGUGUGAUUUACAUUCCUACUAGACCACUGCAAAGGUAUUCAUUAAAUGAGUUCAACAUAUUUAAAGUGUUCCUGUGACAGUCUUGUUUGUUUUUUAUUUUAUUUUUUUAACAAAUUUAGAAGAUAAAUACCGUACAGAACAGAUAGUCACAGGUAGAAAUGUUUGUCAGAGACUCUGAACUGCCAGCCAAUGGGCAUCAGUUUUGUGGAUUUUUCUUUCUUUGCUUUGGAUAAUAAAGUUGUUUAAUUUCUUUUAAAACA